GAGACCCUCUCCCUCCUCUUCCCGCCUUCCUCCUCCAGAGACCAUGAAGCCGCCCAGAGGACCACCGCCUGCCCUCCUCCUUCUCUGGCUCCUCUCCUGGGCGCCUUCCAAAGCCAGUUCCCCCCUCUAUGGCAACCGCUACGCCGGGGAUAAAGUGAUACGGGUUGUUCCAGAGAAUGACAAAGAAACAGAGAUGCUGAAGAUUUUGUCUCAAGAACUUCAGGUGGACCUGUGGCAGCCUGGCAGUAUCUCCUACAUCUCCAAGGGUACGUGAUGUGUACGGGUAUCAAAAAAGUCACAAUUCUUCUACCCUGCCUAGGAACAAGCAAACAUCCAAUUACUGUAAGCAUUGUCUUUACUUCUGAAAUCAGUGGAAAAUCAAAGUGGUUCAAGGCCUAGAAAUCGUAGGUCAUUGCAAGAAUACGCUGAAAUAUAUCAUUCACUGGAAGAGAUUCAAAGUUGGAUGUAUCAUCUAACACACUUAUUCAAAUCUUGUCACAUGUUCUAUGUUGGCAAGUCGUAUGAAGGACCACUUUUUGUGCUAAAGCUGGGUAAGUCUUGGUAGUACAGAAAAGCUGUCUGGAUAGACUGUGGCCUUCAUGCAAGAGAAUGGAUUGGCCCCGCCUUUUGCCAGUGGUUUGUGAAAGAUGCUCUUCAGACAUACCAAAGUGACCCAGCAAUGAGAAGAAUAUUGAAUCAACUUUAUUUCUACAUCAUGCCUAUUUUUAAUGUGGAUGGAUACCAUUUUAGCUGGACCCAUGAUCGAUUUUGGAGAAAAACAAGAUCAAAAAAUUCAAGGUUCCACUGCCAUGGUGUAGAUGCGAACCGUAACUGGAAAGUGAAAUGGUGUGAUGAAGGUGCUUCCCUCCAUCCCUGUGAUGACACAUACUGCGGCCCUUUCCCUGAAUCUGAGCCAGAAGUGAAAGCUGUAGCUCACUUUCUGCGCAAACACCGGAAACAGAUAAAAGCCUACUUGUCCUUUCAUGCAUAUGCCCAGAUGUUGUUGUAUCCAUACUCUUACAAAUAUGCAACUAUUCCAAAUUUCAGCUGCGUGGAAUCUGCAGCAUUCAAUGCUGUAAAUGCCUUGCAGUCUGUUUAUGGGAUAAGAUACCGAUAUGGCCCAGCCUCCAGCACUUUGUAUGUGAGUUCCGGCAGUUCUAUGGACUGGGCUUACAAAAAUGGUAUUCCAUAUGCGUUUGCAUUUGAGCUACGUGACACAGGUCAUUUUGGAUUUUUACUGCCUGAGACCCUAAUCAAGCCAACUUGUACAGAAACCAUGCUGGCUGUCAAAAAUAUAACCCUGCACCUACUAAAGAAAUGCCAUUAGGGAUGCUACAGUAAAAGGCCAAAUGUGUUAAAUUUUCCAUUAUUAUUAUUAUUAUUAUUAUUAUUAUUAUUAUUAUUGCAAAUGUUUAUUACAUAGGCAUUUUCAUGUCCAUCAAAUUUAGAAUGUGAUAUGUUCUGCUAAAGGUGAUGUUCAUUCUACAUGUUGAUUUGUUGAAGAAUGUGAUAUUUAUGCUGGGCUGUAUGUAUUCUGGUAUUAUUCAAGAAAAUAAAUCAAUGGAGUUUGUUAGUAUCUUGGUUGGCAAUGCCUGGUGAAAUUGUGGGAGUUGUGGGGUGAGAGCAAGCAGGCAGGAACAAUGCAAGAUUUCCAGUGCUAAAGAAAGGCAAGGCUUCAGUGUCACAAAUAAGAUUUUACUUCAGCUCUUUGACUAGUAAAAACAGAAUAAAUUAUGCAAAAUAGACAUGUCAAUUCUAGUUUACAUAAUUUAUACAGGCCAUGGGCAUCAGCUUGGCUUAAAGAGGAAAGAUUCUGGGUUGUCUUAGUACAGAAUAUGGAUUUUUAAAUUUAAAAAUAUUCACAGCCGUAUGGAUUUUUAAAUUUAAAAAUAUUCACAGCCCUUGAUACAUUACAAAUGUGUGGAAUGCAAAUUAAAUAAUUUCUCUUUGAGGAUAAUAAAGCUCCUCCAUUUUCCAUCUCUAGAGUCAGUAUCAUUAGCUUUAAUGGCAAUAGAAUAAACUACUAAUUGUGCAGAAAAAUUACUGGUAGGAUCCAUAGACAAAAUUCACAGGAAGAAAGACACUGGAAACAGAGGGAAAACGUGUGUGCCCCUGCUAUUGUGCAUCAUUAUGUGUUAGCACCAAGGACAAAGGGUUUAAAGUGAA